CUGAAACUUGCACCAAACCGAUUACCGCUCAUGGAAGAUUUGUAAAGUAAUGUAAGGGGAUGGCCCAGGGAUGUCCCGUGGAGUAGCGGUAAUCCCUGGCUUCUUUUAAUAUCGUAUAUGUACGCAACCUGGGGUCACGGUCCGACAUCUCAGGGGGAUUUCACCGUGAGCUCGAAAGAAGUGGCGCGAAGCCAGGAGAGUUUAUGUCGACGUUUUGCCGAGAAUCGCAUGUAAAUGGACAGCUCGUUGGAGUCCACGCCGACGAAGAGGAGAUGCACUUUGGCGAACGAAAGUAAAAUACGGCCGGCGGCAUAUGCAUGGGAUUCCCAGUCGCAGUUAUCCGACGCGAUGAGCGUUGUCAAGCCUGCCGCGUUGAGUCUCGCGCGUCCCUUCGGCGUCCAAGUGCCGUCCAACGCCGAAAACAGAGUUCUGUACAAUCUGCAGAAGCUGCGACUCCUGUCUCCACGCGGGAGGGAUCUGGGGGAAUUUAAUGUCAAGCUGAAAACUACCGACCCGUCGAAGGGGAAUACAAUUACUAUUACAAAGUCCAAUGUAAAGCCCGUUGCCAAGCCGUUGGCACUUCCCUUGGCUCCCAUUUCGCACAUCAAAGUACUUCCGCGGAUACUCAAGCAGAAAAGCAUGCUAUCGAAGGGUGUCUUGAUGGAAGAGGUAUCUUGCAACGGGAGACCUUCUUGGACUGACAACGGCUCGCGUCAGCGGCAACGCGAGAUCCUACCAAUGAGUAGAGUGUUCUCGAUCGAUCGAGAUACGGAAGGUAAGGCGGGAAAACAGACAUGUAAUAAUAGUAGUAAUAUUAAUACCGCUAUCACGUCUCCAACGGAUGGGAUAAAUUCAAAACGUCGUGUGUAUCGAAGCGUUGGUAGUAGCAAUCCGAGGUACGUAGUACAUCGUGGAACAGGUGUUACGGCCGUUCGUAGAGGCAUAAAGCUUCAAGACACUGCUGCCGCAGUUGAGAGUAAGAAGGUUCCUUCAGCUACCAAAGUGCUAUUGCCUAAGAGAGUUUUCAAGAUACCGUCGAGUUGCGUGAGACUCGUGGCAAAUCCUGGGGAUGAAAGUAAUAUUGUGUCGCUGUCUGGGAAAAACCUUAAAGUAAGUAGGGGAAAGUGUAUCGCUACUAUAAGAAACACGGAAAAUGGGAGGGUAGUUACAUCUCUGAAGAGCGCAGGGAGUCUGGUGCCGGGAUAUACUCAGUUCGAUAAGAAUUUAAAUCGCAGUGGCUUACGCGACAACGGUAGAGUGAGCUUCAACGGUCAAGUUUUGCAUCACAAAGAUAAUUCGCUUAAAGCUAAGUCUGACGUAGUUUCUAAGAGUCAAGUACUGGAGGUAAAGACACGAAAUGUUAUGACAAUUAUACCUAAUGAUAAAACCCUUCCGUUUAAUCAGAAUGCAGUUUUGGCGCAGGAAAAUGAUGCUCCAGUGGCGUCGGCGAGUAUUAAAAGUACGGCGAGCGUCAUUGAUCGCAAUGCAAAGUAUGACAUGGUGCAAAGGAAGCACGCAAAGGCAGCCACUCAAAAGGUUCGAGUUAUCUUGGACGAUGACGCGAAGCGGAUUACAAAACCACGGCAAAGCACAGACACCGUUGUGAACGGGCCUAAGAAAGGUCUGUCGGAUCAGUUGGAUAUUAUAAGAAAAGCUAUGGACAGCGUGACAGACAGCAAGCUGCGUCAGCUGGCGUUGACGGCUUUGACCGACUGCGGCGUCGGACUCGAGAGAUACGUUCCGAUACGUCCACCGGAAAAUUGCAAGACUGUGCACGACACGCAAGUGCAGACGGUAGUAUUCGGCCUACUCGAUCCCAAAUCCUUCGUAAUGAUAAACAAGAACUUGGAAGAUAUUCACCGGCUAAAUUCGAUCACUCUUUACGACACGCCUGGGGCUCAAAAUCUAUCGUUAGGGAAUAAUUCUCAAUCUAGUAAUAAUUCCGUAUCCCAAGACUCUAAUAAAGUCGUGGGAUACGAAAAUUCUUUUGACUUGGACAGUUUCAUAGAACAAUUUUGGAAAGAGGAUUCGGAUGCCCUUAAGAUGCAGGAGACUCUAUCGAAGACAACGCUGAGAUGUAGCGCCCUCCUGGAGCAUCUACAGAGAGACUUUGAAAAUGUCAAACGGUACGAUCGAGACGGUAUGUUGAGCAUACAUAACGCCGUCGUAAACGACAACGUCUGUCUCGUUCGGAAACAAUUAAUGAUACUUGAACGCUGUGAGGAAAGUGUCGACAUGUUGACCGAGGAUGGGGAGACGAGUUUGGAAUUGGCGAUCAAGUAUAACGUGUCCAACGAAAUAGUGAAGCUCUUACUUAAUGCCGGAGCACAGCCGGUGUUGCGAAGGGCCUUACACGAAUCGGCAGUAAUUAUAGCUAGCAAAAAGUCGUCGCCGUUGUUGCCGAUGCUUAUUAGCCGGGUCACGGAUUCGAGAUUGCUCGAUGAAAUCGAUUCGGACGGUUACGCAGCAAUACAUUAUUGCAGUAUAAAUGGUAACUUGCAAGGGGUCAAGGCACUCUUAUCGGCCGGCGUAACUGUAGACCUAAAGGAUAUGAAAUCAGGGCGUACAUCUUUGUUCCACGCAAUUGACAAUGGGCAUAUGUCGUUGAUACAAGUAUUGUUAAAGGCCGGCGCUGUCGCAAGUGUCGUGAAUUACGCAGGGCAAACACCUCUGUCCAUAGUUGCCGAUAUGAAAAGUAUAGCUUUCAAAGUGUCACUGAGAAAAGAUACGUGAUCGGUUUUACUUUCACCACUUACAAAAUAGUAUCUCUUUGAAGAGAUGUAACACGCCAUCAAAAUAAAUUUCUUUUACGUGACAUGACACGAAAGCUAUUUAUUUAUUAGAAAUUAUUUCAAUUUUGUUAAAAUUUAAUAAAACGGUACUAGUCAAAAUAAUAACGUAAUAUAGCUAUUUGCAUUUCAUUCUUUCAGAUGAUAUCAAACUCUGAUGAACUGUAUCGGCGAUUUAAUGAAUGUAGUUAAAAUUACUAAAAUUGUUUAGAGUAGAAUUGUUAAGAUGAUAUUGAUAAGCUAAUUCAUAAGCUGAUUGCGUAAUUUCAGUUAAAGCUACCGUUAGAUGUUAGCAUCAAUACAUUUUGUUUGCAUAUCGUAAAAAAUUUGUUUAAUUUAUGAAAAGAAAAAGGUGUUAAUAUUUAAUUUGCUACAAAACUAGAUUU